UCCACACUGCGAUGCGCUCACUGCACACAUUCACGGAUUUCAAUUCGCACUCGGCAUCGAUCCCCGCUCCCAUCCUCUGGAAAAAAAAAGAAAACAAUCCGAACCGCGCACAACCCUGCCCAUCACCGACUUGCGAAAGCGGCCGAGACGCUUGCGCACUGCACUGCACUGCACUGCACCCGACCCGCUCGCAAGCUAUGGACGCGCUCAAGGCUGAGAUUCGAAAGCGCAAGGCGGAGGCGAGGAGUGGUGGGGGCGGAGCAGGUGGAUAUGGGGCUUUGAGCGAUGUGGAAGGCGAAUCGUCUUUGCAGGGCGCUCAUAGCAAGCAACCGGGGAGAGGCGCAGCGCAAGCGGUCGAGCAGGAACGAGGAGGGCAAGAGAAGAGGCGAGAAGAAGAAGAAGAGGUGCUGCUGCUGCUGGCGGAGGAGAAGAGGAGAGCUUUGAAAGAGGCUAGAGCUGAGAGGGAUAGAAAGAGGGCAAAGAAGCUGAACGUGAAUGGCAGCGCGGUGGAUGGAUGGGGUGGUGCGAGGGAUGAUGGGAAUGCUAGCGGCUCUGCAGAUGCGACUGCGACUGCUGCUGCUUCGAAGGAUGCAUCUCUCGUUGAUUCUCAAGAUGCGACCGCAGCUGCAGCUGCAGCUGCUCACUCCCUCUCCGAGCUCGAUUCGAUACUAGAGACGCAAAGGGGUCUACGAGCCAAAGGCGAGCCUAUCCAGUUGUUUGGAGAGAGCAUCAAGGAAAGGAGGUUGAGAUUGAGAGCUUUGGAAUUGUUGGAGGAGAGAGGCGGUGGAGCUGGAAGGAGCGGUCAAAAUGAUUUCAUGAGAGCAAUGGCUGGUGCGGAAGCUAAAGAUGCAGAGGUGGCUUUGGAAGCUGCUAGGAGGGCGGAAUUGGGCAUGUCGAGUUCUGCUACUAAAUCCAACUCGGCAAAAGAAGGCAAGAACGCGCAAGGCGAUGCGCAGGAGGGCAGCGAGGAGGCGCAGAAGAGGGAAAAGGAAAGCGUGGUGGAGGAAAAGGGAAGGGAAGGUGUGGGGAUGAAUAGCUUGUUGGAUUUGGAAUUGGUCAAGAAGGAUAUAGACAAGGUCUACCCCAUCAUCUACUACACGCUCAAGGGUCUCUUGAGGGACUGGGAAGAAGCUCUUGCUCAAAGGAGCCUCGAGGUGCGCCAAACCACGCAGGGAAAGCUCAUGGCAGCGACGCAAGUGCAAUCUGCCGAGUAUCUAAAGCCGCUCUUCAAGCAGCUACGUCAAAGAG